UUUAGCUUUUUGGCACUCUUGUUUCAAUAAUCUCCCACCCCCUUCCUUAAAUAAAUGUCUCCCAAUUAAAGGUAUUCCAGGAUAAAUAAUAACAUUAUAAUUGGCAGAAUUUAUGUAACACUAAUUCAUAUAUUGCAUAAUAUAUUAGUGUUUUACAGUCAUUGCAAAAAAUAAACUCCUCUGUAAUUUCUAACAAAAAUCCCAGGGAUCAUACAUGCAACUAAGAAAAAGACUAUUAAAGCAUGAUGGCUGUCAUUUUGUUUCAUUUGCAAUGUCCAUUUCUGGUGCCAAGUUUGAAGAACACCACUUAAAUAUUUCAAGAGAUAUUCUUGAUUAAAUAUUGUACAGUUUUAGUAGAGCAAUUUAUGAUGUCAUCACUUUCGAAUUCCUCAUUUGCAUAUCUGGAGGAUUGGGGUUGAGUGAGCCCGCGAACUUUUGCUCAAACAGCAAACAAAAUGGAGGACCAUCGAACGGUGAAAGUAGACAAAAUCUCGUUUGCCAAAGGACAUUCAUUCAAGAUAUUAAAUAAGUUGCAUUUAUUAUGGAAGGAAAGUUCUAUGUGUGACGCGACUUUGUUAGUUGGUGGCAAAGAAUUCUCCGUUCAUCGAGUUGUUCUUUCGGCUUCGAGUCCUUACUUUCAUGUUAUGUUUACAAGUGGUAUGGCCGAAAGCUACUUGGAACAUGUUGAAAUUCACGGUGUAAACGCUGAUGUCUUCGGUACAAUUCUUCAUUUUAUCUACACUGGUGAAGUUGAGGUCAACGAGGAUAAUGUCCAACAGCUCUUACCAGCAUCAAAGAUGCUGCAAGUGGAAGAUAUCGAGGUGAUGUGCUGCGAUUUUUUGAAGCGUGAACUCGAUUCGUCGAAUUGCGUUGGGAUUUACUUGUUUUCAGAUGCUCAUUCGUGUUCACCGUUGUCUAAAUCGGCGCUGGAUUUCAUUCACAGAAACUUUGUCGACGUUUCCAAACAAGAAGAGUUUUUGCAACUUACCAAAACUGUUUUGCUUGAAUUGUUGGAGUCAGAAGAGCUGAAAAUUGAAUCUGAAGAACAGGUGUUUGAAGCUGCCAUGCGAUGGGCUUUGCAUGAUAUCUCCAGAGGAAGAGAAGCUUUGGGUAAUAUUCUUGAACGAAUAAGACUCCCGUUGAUCUCCCCCAAAUUCCUUGAGAAUUACCUCAUCACAUGUGAGAGUGCAAGUAUUCAAAGAAUGUUGGCAAGAUUACUUGAAGGGUAUCGCAAUUACCAAUCAUUAGCCCGUGAGCAACAGCGGGUGCACACCCAACCAAGGCGUGCUUCCAGAAAGUGCUUUUUUAUCAUUGGAGGUUACAGUCGACGGGUUGGAGGGCGGUGGAGUGACACAUCAUCUCUUUUCACUGUUGAGAAAUUUGACUCUUUUUUGCAGACCUGUGACAGUUUCACAACAGCACAAUUGAGCUUUGCAAGGAGUGGGCAUGCAGUUGCUUCAAUUGGAGGCCUGAUAUAUGCAAUUGGUGGUGAAAAUGAUUCGUUAAUUUACGACACUGUCGAGUGUUAUGACCCAGCCUUAAAUUCGUGGUCACUUGUCGCGCCCUUAACAGCACCCCGUGUAGCGUGUGGAGUUUGUGUUGUAGAAGACUUUAUGUUUGUGAUUGGUGGUUGGGUGGGAUCUGAGAUUGCAGAGAAUGUUGAGAGGUAUGAUCCUGACCUUGAUCGCUGGGACAUUGUGGGUAAGGUGGAAACAAAGAGGUUUCAUCUUGGAGUUGCUGAGAUGGACGGAUUAAUUUAUGCUGCUGGUGGUUUAAGUGAGUUGGGAGAAGAAUUGAAAGUGUUUGAGUGUUACAACCCUGUUAGUGAUACAUGGAUCAGACAACCAGACAUGCGUCACAGAAGGGCAUACCUGGGACUUGCAGCGUUAGGAGGCAGCUUAUAUGCCGUAGGUGGCUCCAAUGAACCAGACGGGGCCUUGGCUAGUGUUGAGCGCUUUGAUCUGGACAGAAACCAAUGGACAGAAGUGGUCCCUAUGGAGAAGCCAAGGGCAGGAUUGGCGGUCGCAGUUAGCAGUGGGUUAUUGUAUGUAUUUGGUGGCCGGACCACCAGUGAAGAGUACUCACCUCCUGUCACACUAACAGGUGUUGAUAUGUACGAUCCAAAGAAGAAGAAAUGGAAACAUGUGACAGACUUGUGUUUUAGUAGGUGCGAUUUUGGUAUUGGGAUUGUUUAGUCUGAUGACGACACUCUUACAAGCCUGUACAUGAGCUAGCUGUGCAGGGGCAUUCCAUGACAAACCCAACAGCAGCAUGGGAGACCAGGCUGUGAAGAUGUGCUUUCACUUCUUGUCAAGUCUCUGUGCAGGUAUCAGUCUUGCUCCUAGAGUCUCUCUCCUUGUUGACUGGGAGUGAGGCUGCACGACUACUGACUGAUAAAUUAAAUAGUGGUUUUUAUUAUACAUUGAACUCGCUAUCUCUUUUCUGAUUGGCCAAAAGUGUACCGUGAAUUUCAAAAUCAGCACCUGUGAUGUCAUCUAGCUGUAGAUUAGACAAUAAUCAUGUCAAGGACACUCAAGGUCAGAGGUAAUCAUGUCAUGUAUGACUGCAGUGCAUGAUUU